CCCACUCUCUAUUCCCGCCCGAAUCGAUCGAAUUCCCCGUCACCUGCGAUUCGAACUGUGCUCCCAACGUGUAUGAUCUCGUCGAUUUUUUUUCUUUCAUCCCAUACCGCUCGUAUCCUCUCAUGCUCUAGCCGGGGUACACAUGUUGAUAAGGAAAUUAGUCUGCUAUGACUGCAGAUCCGCUUGAUUCCAGCUCUGGUGAUUCAGCCGUUCAACCCCCCACGCCUAAGCGGACCCCGAUAUCCCCCGUCUUUCCGAGUCCCGUUUUUGAGACACCCAAGCAGAACGACGGACGCCUCGACGAGUCCAGCGGCUGGACUCCUCGCUUUGCCGAAGAGUAUUCCGUCUUCAACGCGACCCCGGGCAAUCUAAGGGGUUCUCGCAACCCCUUUCCCGACUUUGGCCCCCCGACCCCUUAUUCUAGUAGCACGGCCCAGAAGCGGGCCUUGUCCACCGACGGCCUGGGUCUCGGGGUCGCAGUCCAUGUGAGCGAGUCCCCGUCGGACCCUAACCUGUCACUGCCCCCUGUCGAGCCGUCCAAGGUUCUGCGGUCAUCGCCCGUUCCACGACGAAGUCAAACGUUCGAUUCCUCAGGUGCUGCCAGCGAGAACCCGGAAUCCGUCGAACAGGCGGCGAAGAAAGCUCGCCGUGGAACCGUUGUCACGGAACCGGCAGGGCAAGCAGUGACUCCUCCUCCAACGGCCCGGAAGGGUGAGCGUAAGCUUGCGCCCAAGCCCGACACUGCCGCCAUGCAAAAUGAUCAGGACUAUGGCCAGCAGGCGCACUUCAUGGCGUCUGCCCAGCAACAGGGCAUGGGCAGCUUCGUGACGACGCAAGGCGACAUGUUUGGCUAUCCUCUGCCAGCCUCGACGGGCCCCACGCCGUACACGACCCAGAGGCCUUUCUGGGAUGCGGACCCUGGCCUCGCUGGUAUGGAGAUUGACUUCAGCAGCGCAAACGGCGCGGGCGUCUUCCAGCCUCCGACGCCCCAACAGGUUCCGGACCCCGUGGACUGGGCGAGGACCAACCACCUAUUACCGGACCAAGGUGGCAUGGCCGGGCACGGCGACGUCUCCGCUGGCGCCCAUCAGGCUUCCCUUGGAUCCCAGCCGCCCAUGUCAAUGCUGGCGACGUCGUCGGCCGACCAAUCCAUGUUCGCAGCCAGCUAUCCCACCCCGAUCGACGACCCCUUCGGGAUCAGCGACGCGGGUGGUGCUGUGAACCCGGGCCUGCUGUUCAGCCGGCCUCAGUCGGCGAACAUGGACGCCUCCUUCAAUCAGCCCAUACCGGUGCCGAACCCGAACCCUGCGAUGGCUCAUAGCGGCCAGAUGGAUAGCACGGGGCCGUCGGUGUCGAAGAACGCUGAGCAGCGGGCUGAGUUGCGCCGUUCGGCCAGCGCCAAGGAUCCGACGCCAAGGAAGACGGACCAUCGGGCAUUGGCGAGCUCUCCGACAAAGGAGUCCGGCCGUCCCGGGCUCUCUCGGAGUUCCAGCGAGAAUAGGGGGAAGAAGACGUUGGGCCGGCCAGCUCUGCCCCCGCUCGCGCCCCGACCGCGCUCUCAGCUGGUGAGCAACGCGGGUGUCAACGCCAACAAGCCGGUCGUAUCCCAGCCCCAGAGGCCGAGUGGAAGGUCGUCGCCGUCAAAAAGUGCUCAUCAUCACCACCAUCACCACCGCCUGUCAAGUCUGUCGUCGAUCCGGGAAACGUCGGGUCCCGAGAUGAGAACACAGGCGACGUUCAUGAUCGACGCCAAUGGCCGUGCGCGGGUAGAGACGACGGUGGUCGUGGUGGAAGAACCUUCCCCGAGCGUUGCGAAACGGCACGGCUCGUAUUCCGUGACGAGUCGCCAGCAGUGGGAUUCGUCCGACGACGACGACUCGUCGUCAACCGAUGAUGAGCCAAUCAUCAUCCCCAGCAGGAAUACGUCAUUUGCGCUCCCGGACCCACGGAAACCAACGACGAUCCAUCCCUUCCACAACUCGCAACGGAGUAUAAGCGACCGUAGUUCCACGUCAUACACGAGCUCCCACGGGCCAUCCCGGGAGGCUGGCGACAGCGACGGAGAGACGGUGGUGCAUGAGCUGACCCCAACACGCAGGGCGUCGGGCGACGCGCUCAGCGAGCUCCGGAAGCUGCGCGAGUCGCGGCAGAAGCAGUCAAACUCGAGGCCGAAGCGAUUGGGCUCGAGCUACUAUGCCAGCCAUCCCUCCACGUCACCCACAACCAUGAGCGACUCCAGCCUUCCUACGCCGACGACGGACACGAGGACGCGCGGCAUUCGAUGUGUCUGCAACCGGACCGGGGCCAGCCGGAACGAGUUGAUGAUUCAAUGUGAAUCUUGCGAAAUGUACGUCCACGGCCAAUGUGUCAGCAUCACGGAGCGGACGAUCCCAAGCAUCUACAUCUGUGCCUUCUGCGCGAAUACGCCCAACGUACGAGGUGGGAGGCCUCGAGAGAAUGGACGUUUGCCAGGGACAGCGGGGCCUUUGGUGUCAGUCACGUCACCGCUCGCGCACAAGUCCCUGAAAUCUUUUCGAUGAUGAGAUGUUUGCCCCAGAAAAAAAAAAAAAAACAAAGAGAAGAGUAAAACUAUCGACGAAUGCCUACAGCUGCAAACGGAACGCAGCGACCCCAGUUACGAUUAUGAAUGAUCUUUCCCCCGAUUAUUAUCACGCAACAACCCAAGAGUGGAGGAAGGGGCCCCUGUUUCCCCCCUGCCGGCUUACUGUCGGGUGGUUCCUUGGAUCGAGAUCAGGAUAGAACAAGAUCAAGACCGGCGACGGCCACGCCCCCCUUUCACAGUCAAUGCCUAGUGCGUAAGAUACCCGAAAGAGACUACCUUAUGUAUACGAUUCGAAUGAUGAAUAUGGCGAUUACGAAAACUCUUUGAUCGCCCGUAUCCAGGUGUGCCCUGGGCAAUUGAUCUCUGAGGCUCCCUGCGGUUCCUUGCGGCAGAUCUCGGGAAGGUAUUAAUCGACUGGAACCCGAACCCCAACCCCGGGCUCCAGAAAGCGGGCUUGCCAUCCCGACCGACCCCACGGAGCGCCG